AUGAUCUCAACAUGUGUUCCAGUGGUUCCUGCAGAUGAUCAGAAGUCAGUGCUGAUUAAAGAAGAAGCUCCUGAAGAACAGUGGCCUGAUGUGGACCAGCAGGACACAAAUUGUCUCCACAUAAAAGAGGAAGAGGAGGAACAGUGGACCAUUUUGGGAGGAGAGCAGCUCAGUAUGAAGGAGGAGACAGAUGUCACCAGCUUUUCAUUAACUGCAGUUCCUUUUAAGAGUGAGGAUGAUGAAGAGAAACCUCUGUUCUCACAGUUUCAUCAAAACAAAGCUGAAGUCCGUGAUCUUCCAAACAGCAGUUCAGGUGACCACAUAGAAUCAUCAAUUGGUGAAGGAGAAAAAGAUACAAAAAAAACAGAUCUAAAUGCUAAUAGAGAUUCUGAUUCUUCAGAAACUGAAGUUAGUGAAGAUGAUGAAGAUGAUAAUGAUGUGAACAAUCCUGAGUCUCAGCUGAAACUUUUAUCAGACUUUGGGUUAAAAACUGUACACAAUGAUGAAGCCCAGGAGUCUUCACCCAGCAGGGUGUCUGAGUCAAUUGUGAACAGGGUCCACAACAAAGAUGGACUGAAGCCAUUUGGUUGUGAUGUUUGUGGGCAAAGGUUCAAUCAUAAGAUACAUUUAAACACACACAUGAUAAUCCACACAGGACAGAAGCCAUUUUGUUGUGAUCUGUGUGACAAAAGAUUUAGCAUAAAGGGCAAUUUAACCAGACACAUGAUGAUCCACACAGGACAGAAACCAUUUUCUUGUGACCUGUGUGAAAAAAGGUUUACUCUAAAGGGUGGUUUAAAAAAACACAUGAUAAUCCACACGGGACAGAAGCCCUUUUCUUGUGAUCAGUGUGAAAAAAAGUUUACUGUAAAGGGUAAUUUAAAACAACACAUGAUAAUCCACACAGGACAGAAGCCCUUUACUUGUGAUUUGUGUGAAAAAAGUUUUACUGAAAAGGGUAGCUUAAAGAGACACAUGAUAAUCCACACAGGACAGAAGCCCUUCUCUUGUGAUCUAUGUGAACAAAAGUUUACUGGAAAGGGUAAUUUAAAGAGACACAUGAUAAUCCACACAGGACAGAAGCCAUUCUCUUGUGAUCUGUGUGAAAAAAGGUUUACUGAAAAGGCCAGUUUGAAAAAACACAUGAAAAUCCACACUGGACAGAAACCAUUUUGUUGUGAUCUAUGUGGUCAACGGUUUACAAGAAUGGGCUGUUUAAAUAGACACAUAAGAAUUCACACAGGACAGAAGCCAUUUUCUUGUGAUCUGUGUGAAAAAAGGUUUACUAUAAAGGGUGGUUUAAAAAAACAUAUGCUAAUCCAUACAGGACAGAAGCCUUUUUCUUGUGAUCAGUGUUGUAAAAAGUUUACCCAAAAUGACAAUUUAAAAAAACAUAUGAUGAUACACACAGGACAGAAGCCCUUUUCAUGUGAUAUGUGUGAACGAAGGUUUAUUCUAAAGGGAGGUUUAAAUAGACAUAUGAGAUUUCACAGGGGAGAGAAGCCAUUUUCUUGUGAUCUGUGUGAAAAAAGGUUUACUUUAAAGGCCAGUUUGAUAAAACACAUGAAAAUCCACACAGAACAGAAGCCAUUUUGUUGUCAGUUUUGUGACCAAAUGUUUACCACUAUGGCCAAUUUAAACAAGCACAUGAGAAUCCACACUGGGGAGAAAAGGUAAUUUGAAAGAACUCAUAGGCAAGAAGCCACUCAUGCUCACUAAUAUCCAUCCAUCCAUUAUCUUUUACUAGCCUCUUCCAUUUUGGGUCACGG